AUGGCGAACAACCAGCAAAAGUACCGCCUACUGAGACACAACUCGCUCGAGCACGAAAGCGACGAUCAAACAAGACAGUCUGGAAAUUCGGCAGGACCAAGAAGCACAUUGAUCAUACUCUCGAUUGUCCUCGCCGUCUCCCUUUGCGUCAAUGGGCUCUUCAUGAUCUAUACUUAUGCAUACCGGGGAAAAGAUACCCAGCACUGCGACGGCAGAUCUUAUUAUGCCGGCCUGGAAAGGGAUACUCCCAUUCCAAUAUACCCGUCUACUGAGUUUGUUUCUGAUGACAACAAUAUAACCGAGGUAGCCCAGUUAUGGGAAGAGCUUAGCGGCGAUCCAGGGGUCGUUGCCCUUCCUCAGGAAUUCGUGUCAAAAAAUGGUCUUCCUCAUGCCAUGCGCUUUCCGUGGGACACUGACAAAGGCGUAUACCUGCUACAAGGUUUCCACAACCUACACUGUCUCCGAACCCUUUUCCGAUAUGUCUGGGCCGCCGAACGCGGACUGCCGCAGCGCAUCGCCUUUAUCCAUAUUCAGCAUUGCCUUGACCAGCUACGCCAGGACGUUAUCUGUAAUGCCGAUGACACGCCACGGUAUGCAGGCUUUCAAGAUCCACCGGGAACAGGCGCAGGGCAGAUUCGGAUGUGCCGGAAUUGGGCGAAAUUAGAACAAUGGGCAUUGGAGAGAACUGCCUGCUUUAAGCAUGAAGACGAAGUGCCCGGGAGGAUGGUGGAUCGCUUCAAGUUCUGUCCUGAUGGGAGAGUUCUGUGGCCAACUGAAGACACUCGCCGCUAG